AUGGACUUCUCCAAGCUACCCAAAAUCCGUGAUGAGGACAGAGAGGCUUUUGUUGGCUAUGUCCAUGGAGUCUCUGGACCUGUGGUCACGGCAUGCAACAUGGCAGGUGCUGCUAUGUAUGAACUGGUGCGAGUGGGCCACAGUGAACUGGUGGGGGAGAUUAUCCGACUGGAGGGUGAUUUGGCAACUGUCCAGGUGUAUGAAGAAACAUCUGGUGUCUCUGUAGGAGAUCCUGUACUCCGUACUGGCAAACCACUGUCAGUGGAACUAGGGCCUGGCAUAAUGGGAGCUAUUUUUGAUGGUAUCCAGAGGCCUCUCUCAGACAUCAGCACUUUGACCAAAAGUAUCUAUAUCCCUAGAGGUGUCAACGUGUCAGCUUUGAGUCGAGAUGUCAAAUGGGACUUCACACCUUCCAAAAAUCUGCGGGUUGGCAGCCACAUCACUGGUGGAGAUAUUUAUGGUGUGGUGAAUGAAAACUCCCUUAUCAAGCACAAAAUCAUGCUGCCUCCACGGAACAGGGGUACAGUUACAUACAUUGCUCCGCCAGGAAACUAUGACACUUCAGAUGUUGUCUUGGAACUGGAGUUUGAAGGUGUAAAGGAGAAGUUCACUAUGGUCCAGGUCUGGCCCGUACGUCAAGUUCGUCCUGUUACUGAGAAGUUACCAGCCAAUCAUCCUUUAUUAACUGGCCAGCGGGUCUUGGAUGCCCUCUUCCCGUGUGUACAAGGGGGUACCACAGCGAUUCCCGGGGCAUUUGGUUGUGGGAAGACUGUGAUCUCACAGUCUCUUUCAAAAUACUCCAACAGUGAUGUCAUCAUUUAUGUAGGCUGUGGAGAACGAGGAAAUGAAAUGUCUGAAGUACUGAGAGAUUUCCCUGAGUUAACCAUGGAAGUUGAUGGCAAGGUAGAAAGCAUCAUGAAGAGAACAGCUCUGGUAGCAAAUACCUCCAACAUGCCUGUGGCUGCCAGAGAAGCCUCUAUCUAUACUGGCAUCACCCUGUCUGAGUAUUUCCGGGACAUGGGUUACCAUGUCAGUAUGAUGGCAGACUCCACUUCCAGAUGGGCUGAGGCCCUCAGAGAGAUUUCAGGGCGGCUGGCUGAAAUGCCAGCUGACAGUGGUUAUCCAGCCUACCUAGGUGCCCGUCUGGCCUCUUUCUAUGAGCGAGCUGGCAGAGUGAAGUGUCUGGGAAAUCCUGAAAGGGAGGGCAGCGUCAGCAUUGUUGGAGCUGUCUCUCCUCCAGGUGGUGACUUCUCUGAUCCUGUCACAUCUGCUACUCUGGGCAUUGUUCAGGUUUUCUGGGGCCUGGAUAAGAAGCUGGCACAACGCAAGCACUUCCCCUCUGUCAACUGGCUGAUCAGUUACAGCAAAUACACACGUGCCCUGGAUGAGUACUAUGACAAGCAUUUUACGGAGUUUGUCCCUCUCAGGACAAAGGCCAAAGAGAUCCUACAGGAGGAAGAGGACCUCGCAGAGAUUGUGCAGCUUGUGGGGAAGGCUUCCUUGGCAGAAACAGAUAAAAUUACCUUGGAGGUUGCCAAGCUGAUAAAAGAUGACUUCUUGCAACAGAAUGGUUAUACACCUUAUGACAGGUUCUGCCCUUUUUACAAAACAGUGGGAAUGCUUUCCAAUAUGAUUGCAUUUUAUGACAUGGCACGUCGUGCUGUAGAAACCACAGCCCAGAGUGACAAUAAGAUCACGUGGUCCAUCAUCCGAGAGAACAUGAGUGAAAUCCUCUACAGACUUACCUCCAUGAAGUUCAAGGACCCUGUCAAAGAUGGUGAAACAAAAAUCAAGGCAGACUAUGCUCAGCUGUUUGAAGAUAUGCAGAAUGCAUUUCGCAGUCUGGAAGACUAGACUCAACUUCUGUGACCACUCCAGUUUGUCCUCUCAGUUUCUCAUCUCAACUCCUCUGCUUCCCUACCUUACAAGAAUGAUGCAACAGUACUUGAUAAAUAGCCCUGUGUUUUCUUCAUACUCGAGAGUCCUUAUAAAACAUUCCUCUUAGUUGUGUUUGGCAUUGCUUUGUGUGUUUGAAAU